CGAUCUCCUCAGGUUCAUCACGUUUCAUCAUGAGCGACAAGAGCGCGGAUGAAACGAAGCGGCUGAAUGAAGACCUGGAGAAGCGUCUGUAUGAGUUUGUGUCCAACUGCGACGAGGGAAAAGGAGACCCCGGCGCCUGCCACAGCCUCGGCGAAUGGCUGGCUGUAGUGGACAAGAAGUACGACGACGCCGCGGUCGUGUACAAGAAGAACUGCGACACGAAGAACUAUGCCGCCUCGUGCUUCAACUAUGGCCGUCUUCUUCUCGCGGGCAAAGGGGUCGAGAUGGACGAUGCCAUGGCCAAGGCUGCGCUCGAAAAGGCAUGCAACGGCGGGCACAUCCACGGAUGUCACCAUCUUGGCCUCAUGUACCUCAACGCGAUGGGUGGUGAUCUGGAUGUUCCUAAAGGUAUCGCCGCCCUCGAUAAAGCGUGCGAAGCUGGCGAAGGAGGGAGCUGUUUUCGGCUGGGAAGCAUGUACUUGACGAAGCAAUCCAAGUACAGUCUCCGGCGCGACGUUGUCAAGGCGAAGGCGUACCUCGAAGCCUCUUGCGACGCCAAUUACGCGCCAGCCUGCCACAAUUUGGCUGUAUUGUACAAGAACGGGGACGAUAGAGUGGCCAAGGAUAGCGAAUUGUUCAAAAAGUUCAGCGCAAAGACCAAGACCCUGUCGGAGCAAAACACCGUCGCCGGGGGGAUGAAAGCUGCGUAGCCAUCCAUUUCAAGCAGCAAAGGUUCCUGAUAAACGUGGCGGGUGCUCGAAAGAAGAUGUUUGUUUUGACGAGUCCUUCGCUCAACGAUUAACUGAUCGACGAGGACGUUACCCGCCGGUCCACCCCCCCCAUGGCGUGCUUGAGGUCCUGGUCCAGAAACCACUCGUAAAAGUCCCUCCACGCGAGGAAACCUGUCAAGUUCUUGUCGAGCCGCCGACACACGGUUUCGUACUCGGCAUCGUCGCGCAGGACAAUUCCUAGCCACUCGUACAUCCAUCCGAUGGUGAAAAUCCAUGCGGC